CUUUUUCACUUCCCUGCAGAUCACAGAUAAAGGUUUCUGCUAAACCUCCCUGCAGUGAGUGAAAAACUAACCAACCUCUUCACAGACGACGAUCUUCUAUUGCAUACGAUGAUUUUCAUCUACAUGAUUAUGCCAUUUCUGGUCCCAGUGAUCUUGGCACCAGGGAUAUCAGAAUGCAACAUAACUCAAUGUGAUAAAGAAUGUCAGUGUUAUGUAGCACCUGGAGAACCUCUGAUAUUUUACCUUCCAAUUCAAACUGCAAAGAUUACGUUAAUGAAAACUAAUAAAGUACUUUUCAGAUGUGGAAACAACACAUGUAAGAAAACAACUUUCAAGUACAUUAAAUCCUGCAAAUUCGUCAUGAAUGGAGCAGUGAAGUGUGGUCACAUCAUAAUAAAUGAAUCUGGAGUUUAUCAGAUGGAUCUAUAUGGUAAUGAUGGUAAAAGCAUCAAGAAAAUCAACAUCAGUCUCCAGAUUACAGCUCCAGUUUCACAACCUGCCAUAUUUCAGAAAUGUUUGUCACCAGAGCAGAGGACAGUCAGCUGCUCAGCAGAGGGAGACGACACACAGUUCUCUUUUUCUCUGGAAAAUAAUCUGUUACUACACACUAAACCUGCUAGUGGAUAUAAUAGAAGUGUCACCAUCAGUUUAAAUGGUCAACUGGAAGGAAACCUGGAGUGUAAAGUUCAGAACAAAAUCAGCAGUAAACAGAUCAUUGUCCAUCUUUCACGUUGUGAAGAGUCAUAUUUUCUAGCUGUGAUCGUCUUAGCAAGUGCAACUGUUCUACUUCUUCUUUUGGUUUUGUUUCUUGGUAUCAAACUAUUGAAAGUAAAAAUAAGAAGAAGCUCCACAGCUAUCAGAGAAGGUGAUGCUGAGGAGGAAAUAGUUUACUCCGAUGCAGUGAUGUCAGCAACGCGUUACUUAUUAACGCAACAUCGGACCAUUUUUUUCAGUAACGAGUAAUCUGACGCUUUACUCUUUCAAAUCUAGUAAUCAGUAAAGUUACUUACCCAAAUCA